AAUGCGCCGUCACGUCAGUAUUCCGCGAACCAUCGACGAGUGUAGUUCGUGUCUUUGUUCGUUCCAAUUUUCUUGUCAUCAGUGACUAUAUAUUCGUGUUCGUAAUUUGAUAACCGAGAACAUCGUGAAUCAUUAAAUUUAUCCUCUGUUUUAUCAAUAACACUAAUAAUUUGUAUAAUUCGUCGUCCAUGAACUUUUCGUCCGUAACCUUUUCGUCGUUCGUUCGUUAAAAGAUGAUGCAUGGUCGGUAAUGUCGCUGAUUAAGGAGUACUGACUACCAUCCGAGUAAACGUUGAUAAUAAAUGACAGCAGGCAAAUUUCGCGAGGCGUUAUUCGAGAAAUGUGAGCGUUGACAAGACGAAUUUACGCGCGAUCAACGAUUUUGCGCCGCGGAGCGCGAACUACGACCUCGUUGGUCAACUCGAGACGAGUAAAACGAGACGGCGUGGCGUCUGUAUCAGCAAACAGCGUAGCUGCGUCUCGCGUUCGGAUUGAAACGCGAGUGAGUGGUUGUUGGAGAGUGAUAAGAGAGGCGGGAUGAGUGCAAGAGAAGUCACCCUUGUUGGAGGCUCUCCUUGGGGAUUUCGUAUGCAUGGUGGGCAUGACCUGCAUCAACCCCUUCGUAUCUCUAGGGUUAAUCCAGGUAGCAAAGCGGCUCAACAGGGGGUGAGAGAGGGUGACUUGAUUAGUAGCAUAAAUGGAAGAACUACCCGGGAUUUAACGAAUAGCGAAGCACAUGCACUCUUACGAAACGCUGGAGAACACUUGAAACUCGGUUUAAAUCAGGAAAAUAUUGGCUCUCCAAAACGACGAAUAUAUAGGAGUAGUUUACAAGAAAAUACUACCAGUGAAAUUCUCAGCAAAACAACGACAACGAAAACUACGACUACAUCGAAUACUCAGAUUAUAACGACCGAUACAAAGAAGAACGAAACAAAUGAUACAAAAUCUGACCAAAGCUACGCCAAUCAGAACGGUGAACCGAAGAGUUCCUUGAUCCAUCAACGAAACGAAACCGAGAAAAGAGUUUGCAAAUUCUUGGAGUACGCUACCGACAAGGGAGAGAUUAACAUGCCGCACAGUGCGCGAAACCGCAGAAAUCGCAAAGGUCGCAACAACAGAAGACCCUUUCAAAGGCAGCAAACUCUGGAUAAAGCCACGAAAGGCAACAACGCCGCCGUAGAAAAUGCACCAAAGAGCAUCGAGGAACACGAAGAGAAUCUUCACGAACCUAAGACGAGCGCAGAUACGAAGACGAACGACUCCGACUCGGAGAAUACCGUACACAGUGGCAAAAUUCAACAGGAGAAUGUCGAAGACGAUGAUGUAGACGUGACAAAGAAUUCAGAUAACGAAAUCAGCCCAAAGGGAGUUACAUCGAAGUCUCGUAGAUACGCGAAAGAAGAAAAGUGUCGAAUCGAGAUAGGUACAGUGCAACCUGGCAUCAAAGUUAUGAAGAUCACAACGAUCAGUAGUUCGCCUCUGGAAGCAAAAAUCGAUCACAUUCCUGGUGUCGGUAUCGUAGAGACUGGUAGUAAAGAUAAGAUGCCGGAUAACGAGGGUAUUGUGACAAUUUCCGAACCUGUGGACUCUUUCUCUGCUUCUACGACGAAGGUGGACAGGAAGAACGAUCCGAAUGAAGAUUCGAUGUUGACCGGCAAUAAGCUGCAGAUUCGCGAUGUCAGCGACUGCGACACGGUAGAGACCGAUAACGUUAAACCUGUUAUCGUUGAAAUGGAAUCGGACGUGGAAAGGGAGCCAACGGAGCUAGGUACGCGGUUGGAAACGGAUUUCGAUGACUCUGACGCGUCGAAGCAAGAUUUUGUGGAGCCGAGGCGUGUCUGGGACAGCGUGAUGCCGCACGACGUGGAGAGGAAAUUGAGGAGCUUCAUCGAGAGUCUAAAAUUGCCGACUUACGUGGAGGACGUCGUGGAACCAACGAAGCCGACGGACCACGAGCGGAUCAGUGGCUCGACGCAUAAGAAGGUGAGGAAACGCGCCACUUUCGAAGCGCAACACGCGCACUUACAGGCGGCUAGCAGGUUUUUGGACAUCAUUCAAGAGGAGGGCGAGAAACUGUCCGAAGACGAAGAGCAGCAUAUAAGAGAUUUUAUUAACGAGGAGAUUGGGAAAUACCGCAGGAGAGAACGCUGUUCAGAUCGUGUAGAACAAAAAGAGGAAUUGAUGCAAGAAAUAAGGGAGGAGCACAGUGUGAAGAUUAAUGUGACCAACGUGGACGAAGAAAUGUCUGAGAAAAAGGAAGAUGCUGAUAAACAGGAAGAUGUUGGUAUAGGAAGAACUGUGAAAUUGGAUAGAGUGGAAACGGAGCUUGACACUAGAGAAACGAGGAAGCCGAUUGACGAAGAUGAUGAAUCGCAGAAGGACCUGAAGGAGGAGAAUUUAAAGCUGAAAGAAGAUAAUGACACGGAAGUGUUGGAAGGGAAAAAUGUUAAUGUCGAAGACGAGUCUGUGGGAAGCGAGUCAUUCAAAAUAGAGGAAUUGGAGCAAAGUAUAGAAGAAGAUGAAGAAAUAUUAGAGAAAAAGGACGAUAAUAAUGGAAAGAUCGAGGAACCGGUAAGCGAACCAUCGAGUGAUGACAGUAUAAGUCAGAGUGAUUCUAAGUUGAAUGUUGAAGAUGAAACUAGUGGUCAAAUGUUAUUUAACGGUGAAAAUAAUGAAUUUAAAGUUUUGAAUAGUGAGCAAUUAAACGAAAAAUGUGAAACAUUAACUAAUAAUGUUAGAAUAAAAGAAGUAGAGAAAGUAUCAGUUGUUGAGGAAGAUACGUCGACAGAACAGACGUCAGAAAAGCAAUCAGAAAUUUCUGAUGAUUUAAAUAUCGGUGCAUGUUGUACAACAGAGCAGGUUCAAGAAAACAAAAAUGAAGAAUUAGAACUGGAUAAAAAUCAAGAUACUUCGAACGAAAUGUCAGAAGAAUCAAAGAUCAAACAGUUAGAAGUGGAUGGUAAUUGUACUCGUUUGAAAAGUGAAGCAUUAAUUGAAAGACCUGCUGGAGAAGAAAAGUUGGAUUUGGAAAAUAAUAUACGAAAUUCUGAAGCAAAUACAUUGUCAGAGGAAACUGAAGAAUCAAAAUCAAUUGGUGACGAUAAUGGUUCGAAAAACGGAGUACUGUGCGAAAAAUUGGUAAAAGAGAAGGAAUCAUGUAUGAAAGAUGACGUUGUGAAAGAUUCUGAAGUAAAUACGUUGCCAGAAAAUCAAACGACCGAAGCGAUCGAAAAUGGAACAAAAAAGAAUGAAGAAUCAUCCCAUAAAAGCGAGAUAAAAUCCGCAAAAGUGAAUGAAGAAUCAUCGUACGAAAUAACAUCUGCAGAAAUCAAUGAAAAAUCAUCACAAUAUGAAACAGAACAUAGUGACGUCGAUAAAGAAUCAUCGAAAGAAAAUGAAACAAAAUCUAUAGAAAUUAAUAACGAAUCAUCAGAAUUGAAAUAUUCAUGUGUAGAAAAUACGCAAAAUGAGAGAUAUACCGAUCCAAAAAUAAGCGUAAGCGAUGAAUCAUUAAAGGAACAAUCCUGUUGCAUAGAAAGUAAACACUCAGAAAUUCAGACUCCAGGAAACGUUAUAUCAGUGGUAAAGACAAAACCUUGUACCCUAACGCCACCAAAAAGAUCUUCUAGCCUGUCAGAUAUCGAUUUCCAAGAGAAAACAACGUAUUCCGGUAUUUACGAUCGUAAUCCCCCAACCCCUCCGCUUCGUCGAAAAAGGGAAGCCAAGAAGCUGAUAGACGUUGACGAUCCUCCCAGUCGUCCACCUCUUCCGAAAGAAAACCUCAGUAUAUUCGAUGCAUCUUUCAGACAACCCUUGGAGAUACAUUCUUUGGAGACUCCAACGAUGUAUAAGAAUAUUGGCAGCCUGAGAACUUUAUUGACAAUAAUAUCCCGCAGUGACGCGUCCGUCAGAAAUAUUCGCGACGCUUUAAGCACCGUGGAUUCGUUGGCUCUGCCUGAGAACGUACGCAAGAUAAUCGAUGAUCUAAGAAGAAGCGGGAGGAGGGCUUAUCUCGGGAGUGACAUUACCGAAUUGCACAAUUACCUUGAGAACGGCGCCGAGCUUGGCAAUGGAGCAACGCCUGAAAUAACGCGUGACUACUUGAAUCGUAACAUACACGAAAAAUCGUCGGCGUCCAAGUCGUCGGCGUCCAAGUCGUCGGCGAGAUCCGACGCGCACGAGCCGGUCGAACGAAUAGUGAAAAUGGUCAUAGAAUCGUCUAAGGACGAGCCUGAUCGAGCUACAGUUUCUGAUAAAUCCAAUCAGAAGCAAUCCGAGAGCAAGAUCGGAACAUCAACGAAUGAAAAUCAGGGAAACAAAACUGAAUCGGAACGGUCAUCGCGUCAUCAUGUUAAUAAGGAGGUUAUCAAGAGUGAAAUGUCGAGCAUGAAGAAGAUUGUAACGCAAAAAAACAUAUCAACUAUGCGUAACUUCAGAUCGCGUAAUAAUAAAGUUGAAAAUUCAAAAGAUACCAGGGAGUUAACUACCAGCGAGGAAGAGUUUGAAGAAAUAUACAAAUAUUCCACUUCAAAGGACAAUGACGAAGUGCAGUCUUACGUUCGUAAAAUUAGCAAGCACGAUAAUCAUGAUCAGAAGGAACGUGAAAAAUUCGAUAGCCCAUCAGAGACACUAGACUCUACUAUAAAAAUCCACCCUGAGCAUUUCACAGAUAAAGAGAAGUCGGAGACGGUGGAUUAUCAAGGUCACGACUCAUCCAGCAGUGCAACUACUCUGAGUACGGUGAAGUAUAACCCGGCAGAUGCCUGGCAAGCUGAUAUUUAUUCGAUAAUAGCGGAAGAAGCAAGGAAAAGCAAGCUUAAGCGAGAGGCAGAGGAGAAAGUCGAGUCAUCCAGUUUGAAAAACAAACUUCCUUUGCUGAAAAACGAUGAAUCGUUUUAUAACACAACGAACUGUCACGAAGUUCCAGUGACACCUGAACCUAUACCCUAUUCACCUGUCGAAGAUCUGUGUUACGCGACCAUUGACAGUGAUGUGAGUUAUGCGAAAAGUCAGUCGCAGAAAGACGGGACUACUAGUAGACCAGAGUCUUUAAAAGACCUUAGCAUUAAGAAAAUCUUGUCGAUGCCGUACGGUUUUCACGUAAUCAACGAGAUCACGAUGCCUAAAUUUAACAUCUUUAAAAGUCUACGAUCUAUCCCGAAGUUUACUAAUAACGUAACGAGUGGUGAGAUUAGAGACAUUCCAUUAAAUAUGCAUGGAGUGAAUGAGCAGCAAACUGAAAGAGCUAAACUAACGACAGCUUUGUCAGAAUCAAGGUGUUCUGAUCCAUGUAAAACCACUGUUUCAGACCAGACUAUAUCAGAGCAAUUAAAACAGAAAGAACUGCUCGAUUCGAAUCUCGGCGUCGAGUUACCCAAGUCGCGGCAAAUGACCAUGGCCAAAGAUAGUUUGGGAUCGUGGGUAGGUUUAUCGACGACCAAAGAUCCCAGGUUGCUCGUCUGCUUAUCACCGUCUCAGCAGAAAACCGCAAUAAAAACGAGCGCGGACAACUUACUGGAUCUGCAUAGGAAAUUCCUAAACAGACACAGCUAUUUCGACGAGGAACCGCCUCCACGAAUCCCUGUUCCUAAAUAUCGAGUCGAACUGCUACCCAUCGACGAAAGUAACAAAGAAAGCGUUAAACGCGAAGUAAAGAUCGAAUUCUCGAAAUCGACGGCUCAUGACGUCCGCACUGAAUACGAUAAAAGAUUAACUACAAAUAGACUGUUAGACAUUAUCAAAGAAAAUUCUGACAAUUCUAAACAUCCAUAUAGCACGAGACCAAAGUCGAGAAACGAAUCAAAGGUAAAGUUUGAUGAAUCGAGGCACUCCGACACAAAGUCGUCUUAUACAAAGUCGAGUACUCUUGACAAUGGUCAGGAGCGUCUCAAAGUCACUCGCCUAUGCGACUGGUUGAACUUAGCAAGACGCGAACCCGUCAGUAAUGCGCGGCACGCGACAUCGCUCUCCGAUGAUUUAUUAAUAGAAUCGUCGGGUGAGGGAAAAGAGCGUGAUAAGAGUCGAUUCAGCGAACGAAUUCAUGGCAAUCAGUCGGAGGUUGCAAAAGAGUCAGGGUCAGAUAGAAUCAAGGAACAUGUUACUGGUAAACGAUCGACGCCAGCUCAUUUCAUCAACGCUGCUUUGAUCGUGAAUUCGCCCGAAAAACCGGAGCCGCCCGUCAGAAGUCCGACGCCUUUCAGCAAGAGCCCCAUUACACUGAACAGUGCUAUCAUCGACAAGUCGGCCGCGAUGCCAGACACUGCGGACAGGAGGACACCGCCACGAAGGACCAUCGAUCCGCGUUACAACGUGAAUCCAGCGUUGAUCGACAAUAAAGUGGAAGUGCCACCGCGUUUGAAACGUGUGAUCAACGUAGACAAAUCGUGCAUCGACACGACGAGCAUUUUCGAUCAAAAUCCACCUAGAAGUCAUCUGGAACCACGACGAUACAGGAGCGAGGAAGAAGAAGAUGCGAAACAGGUGGCAGCUACGGAAAUCAUGCAAAAUCUGAAAAAGCUUCAAACCGAGGCAGAAACUCGAUUGGAAGGUCAUCGAAAGUAUUCUCUACCCCAAGAGUAUUUCGUACAGCAAUUGAAAUACAUAGAGCUGCUGGAGAAUCAGUUGAAAAACGUAAUAUUAGCCGAGGAGGAGGAGAAGGAAGCCUUUGAGACAUUCCAAGCACAUGCGAGGCAACGGUCGCAGGAGAAAGGCGUAACGAAGGAUGUACCGAAGAGACUUCCUUCUUCAGACAAGUCUUUUGAUCGAGUAAAUGCCGCUGAGAUUAAAGAAAAAGCCUCUCGAGACACUUCCAAUGAUGAAUCUUGGGUAGAGAGGCAAAGCUGGCAAGAGAAGUCCGAGGAAGUGAAGGAAAAUUAUUCGGAGACGAUUAAUAAACAUGGUCACAAGGAUUUUUCGAAGAAGGUGCAUCACGAGAACGGUUUCCACGAGGAGGAAUGUGAGAAGCGAAUCGAGCACGUGGAGCAGCAUUCCGUGAUGACCAAGAAGGGUGACAAAGUUCCUGAAAAGAUGAAAGCGGAUGGAGCCGAGCAAGCGAGCGGCGCUUGUAAAAAAGCACCUACGGAAAAAGGAACGACGAAGGACGAGCGUCGUUUUGGCAAAGAAAAUACGUCGCCUGAGAUGUCUAACUUACAGAAAACCGUCAAAGUCGAGAAACCAAGUGCGCCCGCGGCCGUUAAGAACAGCGAAACGUUUCGACAGAGAAUGUACGACGAGUACGUGCACAAGGUCCUGGAGCGAGAGGAACGGAAACACCAUAAAGUGGUGAAAAUCAGCACUCACGAGGAUAUUCAGAAAUUGAAGAAUAAUUUGGCAAAGAGCGACAUGAGCACCGUUGAAAAAGAGUUCAUCGAAAAAGCGAGGAACAGGUUAAAUAAAUUUGGGAUUAAUUUGGACGAAAGCGAAUCUGAAAGUGACAAAAGCGGUAGUAAAGGCAAACGAGACAAAAAGACGAAUGAGAGGAAAGAAGAAUGCAACGAGGGGGAGAAUAUCGUCAAGGUGAAAUGUUUGAUCGACGGGAAGGAGUUCGAAGACGCGAAAAAGUUACCGAAGCAUCUACAAGAAUUCCUUACAAUGUCCGCCACGUUCGACGAUGGAUAUGGUUAUGAUUUUGACACAAGGCAAAGUGAUAAUGAGAACGAUCUUCUGCACGAGAUUGACAAUGCUUUGAAACUCGGCAAGGGAUUUCUGUUUGGGAAAGAGAACGUUAUGUUCGCUCCCACGUUUAAAGCUUCUUCCGCAACACCAGGCGUUUGGUCACCUGGAAGCGAGCCACCUCCACCCCCAAAGGAACCGAGUCCUGGCCAAAAAGAACCUGCAACGGAUACUGGAAUCCCUCCUGUCUGGACGCCUUCCAGCGCCGGAACCAGUCCAGUUCCUGAGAAAAAGGAAUUUCGACCGGUGCAAUUCGAAAGCCCUAUUCUGAGCCGAAAAAAACCAGCGCAGCAAGAAAGUACACAGGAGGCCCCACCACCUUGGGAGACGGAAGAAGAAAAGAAAGAAACGUCACGAAGUUGUUACGACAGCAGCACGCGAAUUGUCAAUUCGCAUUCAGCACCUUCGCAAGGAUUAAGUUCAUUAAGUUCAACACCUCAUCUGCCACGUGCCCAGAAUCCAACUAUAACGCUGCUCCAGAAAGCAAGAGAGGGACAAUUACCGAAAGGAGCGGCCUAUCUGGAGGAGACCGAAACGAUAAAACGACCCCCGAGCGACGAUAAGCCGAUAAUUAGUCCAGGCGAGAUCAUUUACAACGUGAAGAAAGAGUACGAGAGCGAGCCAGAAACAGAAAAUGAACCGCCAAAGAAGAUGGCCGAUUUGGGUCCUCGAAAAUUCAAUGGUAUUGGCCCAACAUCUAAGGAGGGUAUUCCUCUCGUUUUAAGAUCGGAAGUCAAGGAGAAUAAUCAAACAAAAUGGUAUAAGAAAAUGUACGACUCGUUGCAUCGUGCAGACAGAAGCGAUGACUACAUAACCGUUCAUUACAAACAAAGAAGAGGGACGAGAUAUGGUUACGAAAGUGGCAGUGGAUAUUUAAGCGAACCGGAACACCGUUUAUAUUCGGAUCGUUCUGUCACGCUCGACAGCCGUCGGCGUCUACGUAACAAGGAAAAUGAUUUUGCCACGUCGACUAUGCCCAGAAAAAAUGGCACAUUAAAAUAUACUUCAGAGAUUUAUAAAAAUCAACCUGGACGCAUCGAGGAUUACGAACCUGGACGGUCAUCGAUCGCCGAAAAGGAAGCUAAGGAGUGGUGGGACGAGGUCAUGGAUAUAUUUGACGGGUGGUUGAACGAGAAUGGACAUCCCCAGGGUAUGGAAAUGAAGGAGCUCCGAGAUGCACAGCUGAGCCACCGUGCUCUGAGCCUCUCCUACCGACCGGAGAGCAGUUACAAUCCUUUUGAUCAGCGCAAUAGUCGUCCAGUGAAACCAUAUAUGUCACAUGCUCUUAAAGAAUCAGGAUACGAAAGCGAUUCUACUCUGGUGUUUCGUCGCAAGGAAGAUAUCAGCCCGCUGAGUCAAGUUGAACAAAGACUGGCCUAUAAAACUGUUCAAAGCGGUGGUGACGUACCCCUUCAUGGCUUUCGUAAACCCGCUCCAGAACGACCAAAGGACGACAUGGGGAUCGAGUAUUUUCUGAUCUCGCCCACUUUGACACGGAUCCGUGUUCACCGAAAAAGUAUCUCUGCUACCACACCUGCUUCAUCAUCAACCGCUUUGUCGCGACACGAAAGAUUAUCCUCCAGUGAGAGUGGAAUGAGCAAGAAAAUGGACGUUCGAUCGACUAUCGCAAAAUCAAAGUGUCACAGAGACGACAGUUUGACCAAUCCACAACUAGGUAGUAGAACACUCUCAAAUGCGGUCACAGGACCUCCUUCUCCACCUCGAAGACAAUCUUCUAGAAACAGCAAAACAUUGAAACUGUAUGCAUCAACUGCAUCAAAUGUCAAACAUCAAACCAUGGAUAACACGCAAUCUUUUAAAUCAAGACACAAGCAAUGUUUUACAGAAGACGGGUCCAAGGUUAAAUCACUGAAAGAACGGUUUUGCAGCAAUCUCGACAGGUUGAAGCAGAGUCGAAAAAGUCUUUCAACUUCCACUUUAUUUCGAACGUCCUCUAAUAGCUCGAUCUCGCCUCGGUCUAAAGUUUCUACUUCAGUGUCCAUUCCAUUGAACAAAAAGAACUCGGACUCGUGGUUGUCACAAAGUUUACUCGACACAGCUGCGGUGGAAAGUUUCGCGGCCGACAGAAGUCGAUCUCGCGUUUGCGUGGAUACUUCUUCUUCGUGGAAAACUGGUUACGGAUAUUCAGUGAAACCUGACUUGAAACGUGGACUUGAACAUAAAUCAUCCUCUUCUUCGAAGAUCACUUCGAAAUAUCUAGUUCCUUCCCAAACAAAAUCGAAGAAGUUGCCAUCUAUGAAUGAAAUCGGUAAUUCUAUAUCUUAUCUUAAGAAAACUAAUGUUAGAGGGAGGUUAACAAGAAAAGAGCAGGAAGAAUCUUCUAAAAGACUCGCCAGGUCACCGGUUGAUUUAUCUUCUAUAGAAAAUAGGAAGCAUUUGCAGAAAUAUAGAGACAAAAGUAGCAAAGAUGUUCGCACGACGGUAUUGCCAUCAGGAGCUGUUGUCAAAAGUUCCACAACGAUGUAUUCUGCAGCUUUAAAUAAUGCAAAGCAGAAAAGUCCGCAAGACAAAUCUUUGAAAGUAAUAGUUACUGUGUCUUCUAAGGGACAGGAGAUGUUAAGAAACCCAGUAGACUCAACUUCAACGGCAAAAUCAACGUUUGCUUUGAAGUCUUCUUCAGCCACAUCUUCUCCAUCAGUUGUGCGUAGAUCGGUAUUGACAGACACCAGGAAACCGAGGACAAUAGUCAAACAGCAUGAUAAAAUAGGUUCCAGCAGGAAGUUUACGUCCUCUUCUGAUGCAAUUAGCGAGUCAUAUACAAAGAAGAGACUAAGACCUCAUACCAUCGUCAAGUUUCCUACACAAAAGCCAGAGACCAUAAAAAUUAAUCCUGACUCGACUAAAAAGAAACUUGAAGCAAAGAAGUCGAAGAAGGACAAGAACGAAGUUACUGCGAGGACGAAAAAAGUAACAACUGGACAAAAGUCAGAUUCAAAAAAUGAGAGUAUUGAUAAAACUAAUAUCGAAAACGAGGAGCCUAAUAUUAAACAGAAUCCGCCAUCGACACUGAGUAAACAAUCACCCGUGUUAGCUGUAGAAAAAAUUAAGAGACAUCACGAAGUAGCAUGUUCUGAUACAUUUUUCCAGAAUCUCUUUUUAAAAUCAGUUCCUUCAGCUGUUUCAAGUGAAAAUGUCUCUUUCAAGAGAUACAGUGUUAGUGAACGAGCGAGGAUAUACCAAGAAAACAUCAGAGAGGGUAGCAAAUCAGAACCUUCAUUAAAAGCUUUGAAUAUUUACUUAGCUCACAAGCGUCCAGUAUCAGAUUCAAAAUUCAAAAACUGGGAACGUGAGAGUAUCUCUUCUAGGAGUUCAAGCCCAUACGGUGUCAGUUGGCCUGGAAGAUCUGUAUUUCAUAAAGUGAGCAAGUUUGACAGUCUUCUAGGUAUCGAAGACUUUGGAUCAUCGAGUAUUUUACGUAAUCGAAGUCCGGACUCGGCGAAAGAGCGUUUGAAGGAAAGGAGUUCAAGUGAGCCGCCUUUGAAGACUCUGCCAGAACGUUCAGGAUCGAAACACUCAUCUUCACGAACUUCUUCACCAUCUCCAAUUAGAUCACCAGCCUGUAGACGCAUUCGUACGUUGAAGCAAGAAAAAUCAGAAAUUCCUAACACAAUGAUCACGAGGAAGAUUACAACCAAAAGUGCUGGAGAAACUGAAGAACUGCAAGAAAUCCGACCUAAGUUUGGCUCUAAUUUAUCAUUGAGUAGAAGCACGAAUUCUCUGUACACGUCACCAAUUGGUCAUGAAGAGUAUCAUCAAUAUGUACUGGAAAGGUUACACGACAGAAGGAGAUCGAAAAGGUACAAGGAACUGCACGAUUUCUAUUCGAGUCUUGAAAGAUUGGGCGAAUUGGAGAGGACUUUUUCUACCAACGACUUACGACCAAGGAUGAAAAACGAAGAAAUUAUAGAUUAUGAUAGAUGGAAGAAGGUAAGGUCGCACGAAAGAGCUGAAGUCGAGUUCAGUGCUCUGUAUGGAAAGCUGAAGGCUGUUCAGAGGAACAAAGACUUGUUGUUCAGCACCAAAGAUAUCAGUAAGUUUAAAUGGCACGGUGACUGCAGCUUAAGGUGUAAAGAACGAUCUGUUGAAAAUAUUAUUCAACAUUUCAACAAGCUCCAAACUGAAGAGAGUGACCUAGAAUAUUCUAGAAGAAAAGAAAUCUCCUCGAGAAAAGAUACGUAUAAACCACUUUGGCGAGGCACUUCUGUACUAAACGUGGCGAGUACAAUGCAGAAGAAAGCGAAUAGCUCUCAGAACGAGAAAUCCUUGGAUCAUACAGAUCAUCCAUUCUUACAAAGAAAUCUUGGUGGCAGUAAAAAAUUUUGGAGCAGUUUGUCUAUUGAACAAGUAGCUACCUUGAAGAAACAGCUAAACGAAAUUUACGGUAGCGAUAAUUUGCAAAGGUUUACAUCUUCGACAUCUUCAAAAAUGAAUCCUGAAAUCACGGAACAACGCCAAGAGAAAAUAGGAGAAACUGAAAAACACGAUUCUUUAUCAAAAUAUGAAAUUGUCGUUCCACCUCAAGUCGAAGCGCCUGAUGUUCGAGAUGAUGGGAAAGGUCUUCAUGUACGAUGUCACUCUAUGAUCACAUCGGAUAUAUCUCCAAGGGAUCAGAAAUCGUUUACGGAUCGUCCAGAAUUGAAGUUGAAGAGAAGUGAUUCUAUUAGCCAAGGAAAAAGUACAGAAAAAUUUGAAUCUGAUAAAACUCUAUUCAGAAUCCCUCCAUCUAUGAGUGAGUUAGAGAAAAAGAGAUUGUCUGUGACACUUGGAAAAGAAGUUUUGUCAGUUCUGUCUCUUCCAUUGGCUCCCCGUGAAACUCGAGGCAGCAUAGCCGCUGCAUUAGCGGCUAAGAAGAUGCCAAAAGCGACUCGUUCUGCGGCUACAUCUAGCGUAACCAGCACAUCACCUAGAAGCUGUUAUUCUCUGGAGCCGUCAAGUGUUGAAGAUUCAUCGAGAACAGACUUGGGGAUCAAAGAAAGCGACUUCCUAUUGGUCCUAACCCCAAACAGCAAGAGUCCAUCUGAUAGACAGCGAGUGGAAAAUGUUUUGGAAGAAUGGUCUAGAAAGCCUCCUCUUCUAACGAUUGCUAUACCUCAUACGACUACUCAGGCCAAAAUUUCAGCCCAAAAUUCUGGCAGUGAAAGAGACAGUAUGACGGAAAGUUCUGAAACGUCCGUAAGAACGGUUAUUCAACGAAAUAUAGAGUCCCAAGAUGUUCCAGCGAAGAUCGAAUUCUUCGAAAACGUUGAUAAAAUAGAAACCGAUCAAGAUCGUAGAAAAGCGGAGCAAACGAGAUCAAAAUCAAAAUUGAAAUCAGGGAGAUUGUCUUCUUCUCAAAGUUUUGCAGAUUUGAAAGAAUUAUUCGGUGAAACGGAGUCGGCAAAAUAUAGCACCUUGUCUUCGUCAAGGUGCAGAACACGUUCUAUUUCCCCAAAAGCAUUUGUUACUAAAGAAAAAGAAAGCAGCCCUGAUAGGGAAGUGGACAGGCGACCCUCGUUCCGCUCUUGUUCAUGCGACCGUGAACAUGAUAGGCCUCAGAGCAUUAGUCCGUGUCGUGCAACCAUGCGAUCGAAUUCAUCCUGCAGUCUCGAGAGCAUCUGGUUGCGUAGUUCCUCACCAGACCCGGGAAAAUAUUGGCGCGCCUAUUUAAAGCUAGUGAAAAAUGGUACGGUGAGACGUUUGAAAGCCAGAUUUGAGAGUGCCGAAGAUCUUCGUGGAAAUACAGUCAGGACGGUUCCAGUACCAAAAAGAUUUCAGAGCGAUCCUGAACUGGCCAGAUGUCUUCUGAGGAAGGUGGACGAAGGUAAAGUGAAGCCUCAUGAGUUUGCGGACGUAGCCUGGUUACGUCGAAGGUACGAGCCUCGCAGAGGAAGAGCUCGCCGCAGAGGCGAAUCUCCGCCGAUUCCACGUGUUCCUUUGAGACGAGAGGACUUGUCUAUGCCUCACAUCGAUGUUAUCAGUAAGACAGCUGAAUUGAAGGAUUCAGCUACAACUUCUACUGUGACUAAUGCUAGGAAGGCAGAGACUGACGAGCUGGAGGCGAGAAAGUCUGUUGGACGUAUGAGAAAAAAGUUCGAAGAGUUUGCUACUCAAAAAACUUCGAUCCUGGGCGAAAUGUUCACCUCGUCGCCGAAUAUGCACGAGCUGAGAGAUAUCGCCCCUUAUCUAGCUGGUCAAUGGAUAGCACAUAGGUAUCCCAGUCGACGAGAUAACAUGCGCUCGUUGUCCUCGCCACCCAACCUCGCUGCCAGAUAUGUUUCCUCGAAAAGUAGGACGAAUUCCGCUUCCACAAAGACACAGAUCAAUGAUAGAGGUAAAGUGGUGAACCAAGUACGCACCUUGUCAAAAGGUCCAUCGUCAAUUUUGAAACAAUCAGAUGGUUUUACCAGUCAACCGUUUGAUCCUGCUAAACACAGGCCGAGGUUUAGAUAUCAACCACUUCCUCCGCCACUAUCGCCGACCGUUCCACAAAAAGCCACUUCAUGGUGGUCACCAAUUCCCAUCUACACUGCUCGACCAACUGUCACUUUCGAAGAAUACUCGAACGCACCUCCACCGCCGUCAAAAUCUCAGCACUACAGAGACGCCUGCCAAGAAUCACCGAGGCGUUAUGUGGAGGGUGAGGUGACAAUUCACUAUCGUUCACCAGUGCGUACAGAGGCAAAAGAACCAUUGAGCGAAGAAGAGCUCGCUCGUCGAAGCGCGGAGAAUAUGCGACGCGUUUAUGAAGAAGAACGUCGUCGCAAGUAUCUUCAGGAAUUACACGAUAUCAAUUCACGACGACACACUGACAACUUUAUACCAUCACAAAAAUCACCGAUCCCCUUGAAUCGUUACGAUGAUUUCGUGGAUGACUUGAGCCACAGAAGCAGAUCCCAGGAGCAAACACCGGAGCCGCGGCUCGUGGCAAAAGCACUUUAUAAUUUUAUCGGGCAAUCUCCGCGGGAAUUAAAUUUCCGUCGCGGUGACAUAAUAUUUGUACGUCGCCAGGUAGACAAGAACUGGUACGAGGGUGAACAUAAUGCUAUGAUUGGCCUGUUCCCAUCGAAUUACGUUGAGAUUUUACCUUACGAUGGUAUGCGCACGACCCCAAAGAAACCUCACGAGGGUCAGGCACGAGCUAAAUUCAAUUUCGUCGCCCAAACAAAUCUCGAAUUAUCUUUAGCCAAAGGGGAAUUUGUGGUCUUGACAAGAAGAGUCGAUGAAAACUGGUAUGAGGGACGUAUCGGAAAUAGAAAGGGAAUAUUCCCCAUCUCCUACGUUGAAGUUAUGACAGAGCCUGGCCUUAGAUCAGAAACGCCAAUACAAAACAAACCAGUUGCCUCUCCAGCUGCGCAUAGUCUUUUGGCAAAUGGAUCAGCUGGCGGGAAAAUGAGUAUGGGAUCCCAUCACUAUAUGCCGUCCAUACCAGUUAACAUUAACACAACCCAGCCACAUUACAAUUCACUGCCACGGAUGGGCGGUAGCAAAUUACAUGUCUCACAACUUAACGAAGCAUUACAUAUCGACACCCAUUCUGAACCAAUACCAUACCGAGCUCUCUACAAUUACAGACCACAGAACGAAGAUGAGCUCGAAUUAAAGGAAGGUGAUACGGUGUAUGUGAUGGAGAAAUGUGACGAUGGUUGGUACGUUGGUUCCAGUCAAAGGACUGGUUACUUUGGCACAUUUCCCGGAAAUUACGUGGAACGAUUGUGAGAAAUGACAACAAGCGAUAUCGAACCGCCGUCGUUUACCUUUUACCAAAGCACUAGAAAAUCGAAUCGUUAAUAAAGAUAGGUUUUAAACGUUAACGAUAAAGUUCAACGAUACUCUUGUCACUAUGGUCUUUUCCUAUUCGUAAAUUUUCAACGCUAACGGAAACGUAAUGUAUAAGAUAAAAAAGAAAGAAUCAAGGAUGAACGCAUAAAUAUAUAUAUAUAAAAAAGACACGAGCUGAUCGAAACUUUAUCGUCGGAUUCACCAAAAAUUCAUAGAAAAUGAAAUCUAAACUUAAGGCCUCAUAACAUAUAUGUAGUGUAUAAUACUAUUUAGUAAUUUACUAUACAACAUUCAUAAGAAACGAGUGCGUCAGGACGACGUUACGAGAACAUCGAAGUAGAAAAUGAACAUGAUACGAUUGGUAAUGUUUUAUCCGUGUAUCUUUAUCUAGAUCCACAAGUUAUCAAGCCGGAUCUGUUCGUGUGAACGAAAUAAUGUAUAAAUAAUAUGCAACUUUCCACAAACCCAAGUCCAUCGAAUCUACUGUUCGUUAAAACGGGAUCAUUGCGAGCUUUUAUCAAGCCUAUGUAACUUCUGUGUAAUUAUAAAAUGAGAUCCUCGUAUCGGGAGGACUAUCUGGUUUCAGUAACGAACGAAAUUAUUCGUAUUAGCCGUUUAACUGAUCAAGCGACAAUCGUAUUUUAUAGUUUCUAUCUACUUACAGAGAGAUGUUUCAGAUCGAAAGUCUACUGUAACGUAGAAAAGAAAUUUUGUGUAAAAAAAAAGUAUAUAUAUAUUAAAUUGACUAUAGUUUCCGGAUAUUAAUCCUCGACUGGUACAGUUGGGUUGUAGCCAAUUUACAAUUUCAGUUGGAUCAUUUCAUCAUAGAGCACUUCAUUUCAAUACACUAAGAUCAUUUAUAGAGUUUUUGUACUAUAAGAUAUAGGACAUAAAUUAAAAUAAAAUACCUUAAUUCUUUCAAAAUGUAGUAGUCUAGGAAAUAAUCAUCAAGAUUUCUCGUAUUUCUCAGACAUAGAGAAAUAUUUAUUUUUAGUUUAUAAAAUUUCAGUAAAUUCUAAUAAUUACUUUAUCAAGCUUUCUUGUCUUUCUGACGUCAAAUUCAAUUUUUAAGCUUCAGUACAUUUUAAUAAUUAUAUCAUCAAAAUUCUUUUUACUCCUGGUAUAUAUUUCUUACAGCUUUUCAAAAUUUCCAAAAAUAGUUUUAAUAAUUACGUUAUGUAUGAUAUUAUACAAACUAUGGCAUUUUAAUGAGUAUCAUAAUUGACUUUAACUUUCUGCAUUGCUUGCAUUUUUCUUAUAUUACAUUUUCAAAGAAUUAAAAUUAAGUGAUCUACACAUGUUUUAAAUCUAGCCCCAACUAUUACGGUAAUAUAUAAUUCAAAGACAUCAGUUAUGAAUUGAGUAAUUCUUUUUGCAUUUUUUCAUAUAAUGGAAUUUUUAAAAUAGAUUAUAUACCGAUAACAGGUCACAAAUUAAAGUGAAAAAAGAUUAAGGAAAAUUCGACGAUGUAAAAAUAAAUAUGGAUUGCCGCUUGGUCAAAAACAUUCUGGAAAGCGAUGUUGAUGCUUCAAAGUAUAUUGGAUUACGAGAUUAAACGUGAGAUUAAACCGAAAGAUUCUGUUUUACCUCCGUUAUACUUUUGGUUAUACACCAUUUUCUGUGACACGUAAAUAAACAAGAUGACCACGAUGAGCAAAGAAUUUGCAUGAAACUUUGCUAACGGCAAAUUAAAUUUGCGAUGUUAAAGAGUCUCUGGAUCAACGCAAUACUAUCACGACGAAGUUUUUUAUGUGAAAUUUUGUCUAUGAAAUUUUUACUACAAAAUUUUCAUUGCGAAAUUUUCACUUCGAAUAUUUUUCACUAUGUAUAAAAUUUUCACUGCGAAUAUUUUUCACAUGUAUUAAAUUUGUCAAAUCUACCCUACCAAAUUGCAUAAAAUAUUACUAAUUAUAUAAAUUGUAUAAAUUAUACAAAUUACAACAUAGGUAAAUUCUGUUCUGCGACUAUAAAUCACGAAAGAAAAAAAUACUGGCCACCAAAAAAGGAGACUAAAAAUUUGCAAUUUUAGCGGAAGAUUUUCGCAUCAUUUCAGAAAUGAUAUAAACAAACAGAGAGGCCGCUAAGUUGGUUAUAGUAAAUUUACAGCCAAAAAAUAAUGUUCGCCGCCACCAAAAAUAUUUUACAUCGGUUUAAGGAAUCCGUUAAAAUACAAAUAUCUCUUUGCCGUUAGUGAAAUUACGAAUUUUUAUCCUACAUUUUAGAAUUUGUUUUUCAAACAAACCAAAGAUGAACGUUUUGAGUAAUUUGAUCUCGAGCCAAGUACAUAGGUAAAGUUUAUGACGAAUCUAGUGAGAAGUUUGUCUUGCUUCGACGACGCGUUCACGAUGCGAAGCGUAACAGCCAGUUUAGACGAUACGGUAUUUUGAUCGAUUUCUUCAUCUUACUUUCUUUGUUUAUCUAUUUUAUAAUGCAGAUAUGAAUACGUUUUCAACCAUGUUUCGAUAUUACAGUGGUCAAAGAAAAAGUAGCAUCAGAAGAUAUUGGAUACAUCCUGUUGUGAGAGAUAGGUAUCAAUUAGAUUCCUAUCAGAUUCUCAUGUCUCUAUUAAGUACAGAUGAAAUGAAAUUUUCAUCGUGUCAAUGUCUAUAACUAUGAGACUAGCAUUAAUCACGAAAAGAAAGUUAUGGCAUGGUUAAGAACAGUUUUUAAUUGUUAUUAUUGUAUACAAUCAUUAUAUACAUUAUACAUAUUAUAUAUAAUCUAAUUUCUAAAAUUGCAUUAAACACUACAUUAAACGCUACACUAAACACUAAUUUUUAAAGUUACAUUGACCCUCUGCUCGCAGUAUGGUUCUUCGAGACCCAGGCGAAAUUUUCGCUAUUUAAUUUCUGCGAAACGAAAAUGUCAAUCUUCGUGGUUUCUGCAUCUAAAAAAGCUUGCAACUACAAGGCCUUGACUACGCAAACACUGUUUACUUCAUUCAAAUCAGUUCUAAAUACCAUGAGGAUAAAAUGAGCGCUGUACCUUCAGCGAACCAUAUUGUCAUCCACAUCAAUCUUUUGCCAAGUGAAUCUUUUUAAAUGCGUAAUUUUUUUUUAUUUUGUUACAUAUAUCAAUUUCUUGGUGACCUCCUCAGUGUCUUGUAUGACUCCAAUAUUUCUCAUACAUUAGUAAGCAUGACAUAUGAAACCUUCUUUUUUCGACGCGUAUCUCAUACCAUUUUUCAAUAAUAAAUAAUGUACACAAAAAUCGCGCAAAUUUAGAUCUCAAAAUAAUUAUACUAUUCUAAGACUGAUAAAUUUCUGUUUCGAAAUAUUAUAGUCUUAUGGGUAGAACCCAACAAUAUCAUCCUUUAAAUAUUCGUUUAACACAGAACUGUAUACCUUGAAAGAAAUUCCCAUUUUUUCAUAACUUUCCGUCAAAUUUUUAUUUUGAUUGCAAGAAAAUUUAGACAUUUGGCUAAAGUGUCCUUUGUAAAGUAAACUAAGGAUUAUAAUAAGUACUUGAGCAUUCUUUCAGAUUUUUUGAAGUCCAAAACGAUAAGAAACCAGAUCAGAGACUGAAAGAGCUGAUCGCGUUAGUACAAGCCAUGUUGCGGGCGGAGGGUUAAUCCCUAAAUGACAAUAAUUUUUAAACUGUCGAUGAUCGAAUUCUGACAAAUUCAUCAUGCGCUAUGAUUUUUUUCGUUAUAAGAUUCAUUUGUUGAUUAUUUAGAAGGAUUAUAUGAUAGAUAUGUGGCUUAUGAUAGAACAGUGAUUAUAUUCAUAUGUGCAUUUUCAUAGCUCUCUUUGUUAAGCUUAUAAACUCUCGCUUGAAAUUCUAAAAUUCAUCAUUGUUGAAUAUAUGUAAUGAUGGCAAAGGACGUUUAAAAAAUGAGAUAUGACAAAUCUUUUCUUCAUUUCUGGGAAAAUUUAUUUUUCUGAUCAAUUAAUUUCGUCAUAAUCUUUUUCUAAUGAAUUACAUAUUUCCGGGCUACAUCUUUUAAAUUUUUAUCUUUAUAUAAAUCUGUUCUUUCAUCUCAUCUAGUGUGUCUUCGUUCCACCAACGAAAUUCAAAAUUCUCUAUUCAUUUUUGCCAUUUUCCACAUUUUAGACACACUUUGUACUAUACCAUGAUUCUUCUGUAAGUAUGAAAAAAAAAACACGUAUCGAUCGAUUCGAUUUUAUUGGCGGAUCAUCUUAUACAUUGACAAAACCAAAUAUCGAGAGCGAGAGCGCUAAUACACAAACAAACAAUCGGCAAAUGUCAUAGUGACAGCUAUUACACGCUAUACCGAAUACAUUAAUUCAUGUGUUUGGAAGCUGAACGUGCGGCUAAAAUAUAGAAAUGUGUGAAUGCUGCUAGAUAUUGCAAAGAACCACAUUGUCCGAACUGGCUGUAGUUAGUACGUAGUUUUUACUGAAGAUUGCUACGGGAACGUGAAAAUUUUCAAAAUUAAUGAAUUUGAAACGGAGAGUUGAUUUUCAAUUCGAGGAAGGCAUGAGAAUUUCCUUCUAUGUUUGUAGAUAAAUCAGUCGUGUUGUUGUUACAUUCGUGAGUAUCCAAGAGUAAGCGAUUUAUAAUUGAAAGUUUGCCUUCCCAAAAUAAUAUUUUUGUAAACAUUAUUUGUACUCAGAGUUAUAUAUACAUAUAUACAUGUAAAUUAAUUAUAUAAUGUAUAGAAGAUAUAUCUAUAUACAUA